AGUAUCUGUAACAAGCUACUCGGAAAGAUGUCGAUGUUCGAUGCGAUGAAACACGCUGUGCACAGCGUUUUCAAGGAGACAGUGGAGUCAGUGACCUCAGUCUCACACGUGUCUCAAUUCCGUGAGAAGGGGGUGCUAACUCCUGAAGAGUUCGUUGCUGCAGGAGACAUGCUGGUGUACAAGUGCCCGUCAUGGUCGUGGGAAGCUGGCGACCCCUCGAAGGCGAAGGACUACUUACCGAAGAACAAGCAGUAUCUGAUAACGCGGAACGUUCCAUGUCACCAGCGAGUGGCUGCCCUUGGUGAAUCCGUCCGGGAGAUAGCGAUGGAAGACGCUGAAGAUGAGGAAUGGACUUACACUCAAACUUUGGGAGCGGCGAAAGACGGUGAAGCACGAGAAAUUGAGGACAUUGAUGCAGAAGAGGAGCCCAAGAGCAUGGAAACUUCUGGGACUGAGGAGGUAAAGGCUCCUGUUACUGCUGCACCAGAAAGCCAGGACGAGGAUGUUCCUGAUCUAGACGAUUUGGAGUUGGACGAAGAUGACGCCAUUCUUCCUGAUGACCCAUCUGUAAUUCUCCCUUCUCCAGCGGCAGGUGCUGCAAGUGCGAGUUCUGGAUUCGUAAAGACAAGAUCGUACAACAUAAGUAUCACCUACGACAAGUAUUACAUGGUGCCGAGGAUGUGGUUGUUCGGAUAUGAUGAAGAUGGACGGCCUCUCACCCACGCGCAAGUGUUCGAGGACAUGUCGCAAGACCAUGCGAAGAGGACGGUGACGAUUGACCCGCAUCCGCACGUACCUGGCGUCUCGCAUGCCUCGGUCCAUCCUUGCAAGCAUGCGCCCACCCUCAAAAGGAUCAUAGAUCAGAUCGAAUCAGGAGACUCUGGAAGGCAGAUGCGGCCCGACCAAUCCCUCUUCCUCUUCCUCAAGUUUAUCUCCUCCAUCAUUCCCACUAUUGAGUAUGACUUCACGAUGGACUUCGAUGCUUGAACCUCCCGAUCUUUGCGGAGACCAGGAGAUUGGUUUCCUGUUUUUGCGCGGCUUUCUUGAAUGACUUAUUAAAGACGAGUUGUUCCCGUC